AUGGUAGUCAUACAGCUAUUGCUGUUUUUAUUUACAUGUAUUCUCGUUAGAUCCGAGAAUGUCCCCAAAGGGACGAUAAACGGCGUCGUGUUGGACGUUGACAGUAUCAACAGCGUCAACGUAACCGUAGAAGAAGGCACUUUGUACGGAGUUGCCUUCAAAUCCUUCUUCCUGAGAGGCGACCAGUUCUUCACCAGCGUCGUAGAAGGUGGAGCUACUCUCUGGAAAGCUGGCGCUGAGGGAAAAUGCACCGCCGUAAAUGUUUUCAAGAGGGAGGGUCAUUCCCCUCUUCUGACCCUUUACAACAAGGGUCUAGGUCUUUCCUGCUUCGAGAAGGAAGCUGGCGAAUGGAAGGCCAUAGGGGCCGAGGAGUUUGACCUCAAGCAUGCCGGAAUGAGGGCCGGCUCCAGAGCCCUCCCCAAGUCUCCAGUUUUGGACCUUGGACACGUUGACGACAAGAUCGCCAGCAACUAUGAGAAUCUCUUGGGAGGUGCUCUUCAAAAGUCUAUCCUUCCCAUAGAAUCCUUCUUCAGCAAGGUCACGGAGUACGGUGCCACAAUCUGGGAUGGCUCAGGAGACAAGGAGUGUUCCAUGGCCUUUUACAGGUACAGGAACGGAGCUGCUAUCCUCACCUUGCAAGUUGUCGGCAAGGGAAGCAAGGCAGAGUUCAUCUACUUCAAGAACGUGGGUUCUGGAUGGGUCUCUGUUUCCGAGGAGGAAUUUAAAACUGUCGAUGGACGGAUCCUAGGCACAACCAAAUACACGAAAAAGGACGCCUGCACGUUGGAUCUUUCAUCCGUCGACACUCAAACUGUCUAUGUGGAUAUAGAAACUGAGAAUGGUCUCUCUGAGGUCAUGUACAUCCCAAAGCACGAAAAGGUUAUAACUGCAAUUGUUGACCGUUCGGAGCUCUUGUGGGUAGCUAAAGAGGGAGAGGUGUGUUCGUUGGUAUUCUUUAGCCAGAAGGAUAGCAUUGCUCUGCUAGACUUGCACAUUAAGAAUAUCGAAAACGAGUACGAAUCCCGCCACUUUGAGAGAGUUGGCGCAGCCUGGACACCAAUUUCAGUUAAUGAAUACGACACCAGACUUGAUGAGCUCAAGGAAUCCGGCGGGACCUCCGUAGUGACACUCGACAUCUCUGAACCAUCCUCCUCCUCUAUCGAAGUCGAUGAGAGUACCGAGUUUGGCGUCUCUCACACCGCAUUUCUUCCAGCAGAUGGACACUUCAUCAAGUCUGUUAUGGACGGUUCAGAGACCAUUUGGGUUUCCGGGGGUGACGAGGUCUGCCUUAUUGCACGAACAUCCUCCAAGAACGGAUACCCAUCUCUUCUCAUCCUCUUUAACAAGACUGAGUACAGAAGCAACUUCUUGUGCUUUGUACAGGAUGGCUCUAGCUGGAAGCAAAUCACAAAGGGAGAAUACAACGAGAUGAUGAAGGAUAUGGAUAACCUGCCCAAGGCUGCCCAGAAGUUGUUACUUGACGCCUUGGUAGAUGAUAACACCAAAGUCACUCUUGACCUCGUUAACCCAAACAAAGAAAAGAUUACCGUUGUAGAAUAUGAACUCGAUGAAGCCAUACAAAAGAGAUACACCCCGAAUGCUGGCUUCUUCAUCGCCUCUGUUGUCGAGUCUGAGACCUCCAUUUGGGAUGCUGUAGACCCCGAGGAAUGCGUGGCUGUUGGCUCAUAUUCCAAGAAUGACAUAUUCCUCAUAGUUGUGCAGAUAAAGAAGAGUGAUGGCUACGACUUCAAGUACUUUGAAAAGGUGGAGGGUAAAUGGGAAGAACUUGACGAAGUUCGACUUUCCGAUAGAUUGGAAAUCUUGAACUUUUACAUUCAAAAGGACUCAUUUUCCACCAUCCCAGUCGCCUUUGAUAUCUACAAAUCUGACGACAGGGUUACCUUGCGCGACUCUUAUCACUCUGGAGUACAUCACAAGCAGUUCUCCAUCAAGAGGGGCUUUCACAUAUGCCACGUAUCUGAGGGAGAGAACCGUGUCUGGUCCUCCACUGAGGGUGAAAAAUGUACCUCUGUAAACCUCUACAACACUGAUGAAUUGUCCUUCAUCACUCUGUGGCUCAAGACCGGAAAGACCGUUAGCAUCAAGCGCUUUGAACAGAUUGGAGGUAACUGGGAGGAGAUAACCAUGGAUACAUUCUCCAGGAAACUCCAGGAGGCGAAGAUGUUUAGAAAGUACGAGCCAGAGGAGCCUGCAGAUUCUUCCGCCAUCUCCCUUGACAUUUCAGUCCCAGACAGAAUUAACUUGGCUGUCCAUGAGGAGAUUCACUUUAAAGUCUUGGAAAGAGAAUACUCCCCAAAGAAGGAUGUUAACAUUACCUCCGUCGUUGAUUCUGGCAAGGAAUUGUGGAAGGUAUCUGGAGACGAAAAGUGCAUUUUUGUGAACCAAUUCUCGCUGGAUUCUUCAACUAUCAUUUAUCUGCGUGUCAAGAAUGGAGAAGUAUUUGUGCCAAAAUGCUUUGAAAAGACUGGUGAUACAUGGAAGGAGAUUACGGAGGAUGACUUUUUCAACACUUUGGACGUCAUGAUGGGCAAAUAUAACAAGGAAUCAUCGGGACCAUCCGACGGGUUUACGCUAGAUAUUGCCAAUCCAAGCAAGGAAAAUGUCAUCUCAACGUCAUUCAACUUAAACGGCGCAAACCAGUCCACAUUUAGACCAAAGAACCGCGUUAACACCACCUCUGUAGUUAACGGUGAGAACACAAUCUGGGAGGCCAAGAAUGGCGAGAAAUGCACUAUUGUGAGCGUUUACACAAGGGAAGAUGACGCAGUGGUUUGCAUUAACACCGAAAAGGAUGGAAAGGAAAGGAGAGUUCGCUUGGAGAAGAUUGACAAUGACUGGGUUAAAAUCACAAAGAGCGCAUUCUUUGACAGGAUAAAGGCCAUGAGCCAAAAGAAACAAGUGAAAAAGACCACGGCUAAGCUGGACAUUGUCAAACUCGAUGUUUCCACCUUUGGAUCCCCUGAAUAUCUAGACGAGGAUGGAGUCAAGCAUACCGAGUACACUCCCAGGGAAGGAUCACGCAUUGUCUCUGUUGUAGAUGGCUCCAAAAACUUGUGGGUUGCUCAGGAUGGAGAGGACUGCUUCUUUGCCAGUUUCUCCUACAGCGAAGGUGUCACCACCGUGUACCUCGACAUCAUCAAGGACGGCGAAUUUGAGCCUGUCUCCCUCAAGAAGCAAAACGGUGAGUGGAGCAAGGUCACGGAUGGUCAAUUGAACAAGGAAAUUGAGGACUUGUUGGUCAAAAGGAUAGUUGAGGUUCCUCAGGAUGUUGACACUCCAGCCGUCCCUAGUUCUGUUUUGGACCUUGCUGCUCCAAACGAGGCGGGUAUAGACAUUUCCACAAAGGUUGUCAACGAGAUUGUCUACAAAAAGUACUCGCCAAAGAAGGGUAGCCGCAUAGACAUUGUCAUGGACUCUGGCAUGGCUGUCUGGAGUAUCGGAUCAUACGAAGAGUGCAAAUUCGUCAAGUCUUACACUGAUGGAGAGAAUACACUUCUCACAGUAUGCUUCUACGCUGGUGACGAUUAUUCCUUCAAGUACUUUACCAAGAAUGAUACUUGGGUUCCUCUCUCAAAGGACAGCUUUGCCGUAAAUUUGGAGAUCAUGUUGAACCACAACAACCACGAUCAUGCGUCCAAGGAACUUGCAGAGACAGGAUCCUUUGGACCCUUGUACAAUGGCUUCAAGUUGGACCUUGAGAACCCAGACCUUUCGAAGCUCAAUUUCCGCAAUGAGGACUCCAAAGGCGUAAACUACAAGGGAUAUGACCCCAAGGAUGCCCUAUUCAUCUCUUCAAUCGUUGAGGGUGAUGUGCCCGUUUGGAGGUCCAAGUAUGAUGACAAGUGCAUUGCAGCAACCGUCGCAUCAAAGGGCGAUUCUAAGCUCCUGUCAGUAUUCACCAUCUGCGGAUACAGCUUUGAGACUCUCUACUUUGAAAAGAAUGGCAAUGAGUGGACCAUCAUCUCCGGAAAUGAAUUCAAAGCCAAGAUGGGCGACCUCUCAAACUUUAUUCUCGACAUCUCCAACUUGAACGAAACCAAGAUUUCCACUUACGGAUAUGAAAAGGGAAACGUCUCCCACAAGGGCUACAUUCCCAAGGGAGAAUUCAUCACCAGAGUAGUAGAUGGCGAGGCAGAUAUAUGGACCGCUUCAAGAGAUGAAAACUGCAAAUUUGUGAGCUCCUACACUUUGGACAACUUUGUCAUCUUGUACAUCAGCGUUGAGACUAACAAGACCGAAUUCAAGUACUUUGGAAAGGGAGAAAGUGGUUGGACGCCAAUUUCAAGCGAUGUCUAUUAUGACCUCUUGUGGAAGUUCACUCACUUUGGAAAUGAAGAUACAUCCUUGAAGGCAAACACCACUCUCAACAUUGAGUACCCAGACCCCUCUACAAUCAAUGCAUUCAUCAAGGACUACAGAGAGAACGACUACACCUGUGGCAACUAUACUCCAAAGGAAGGAGUUCUUGUAAACUCUGUUAUUGAUAGUGAUGGAGAGAUUUGGACCGCCACUGGCGAUGAAAGAUGCACCUUUGUGGCAGUUUACUACAGCCAUGGGACCACAAUUCUCCUCGCAAAUGUCAAACGUGGUGACGAGACAGAGUUCCACUGCUUCGAGAGGACAGACAUUAAAUGGAUAAGGAUAACCGAAUCUCAGUUCUUUGAUACCAUGAAAAUGAUACUCAAGGCCGGAAGAUUUACCCUUGACAUUGCUGAUCCUGACAAGAAGAAGGUUGAGGUUUACGAUCGUGAAAUCCAGGGAGUCAAGCACAGGACCUUUUUUCCAAACAGAGCCCUUGAGCUGACUAAAGUUACCGAGGCUGGAGUCGACAUUUGGACCGGAGCUGAUGGAGACAAAUGCACAGCUGCCACUCUGUCUACCAAGGACACUCGCGCUGUAAUGUUGUUGCAUGUCAAGAAUGGCGAUUCAUUCGAGUUUAAAUACUUUGGCAAGAACGAUGGCAAGUGGAGUGAGGUCGAUAGAGACACCUUCUACGAUACCUUGAGGGACAUGAUGGAGAACUCUGGCAAACUCCCAACAUCUCAUACCGCUCUUGAUCUCGCCAAGCCAAACGAGAACAAGUUUGUUCUCGAGUCCAAGGGAAAGAGUGGCAUCUCCUACGUCUCCGUUAAACCAAAGAAGGGUGUAACCGUCACUUCUGUCUCAGACUCUAAAAUAAUGCUCUGGAAGGGUAGGUCAGGUGAAAAGUGCAAGAAGAUUGAAUUGUACAACCAUUCCAACCACACCGUCCUCUACAUGCGCGUGAAGAGGUCCGGUUCCAAGAAGUCUCUUCGCUUUGUCAAGACCUCUGGAAAGUGGAAGAAGAUUGGAAAGAAGGAGUUCUUCAUGCUAUUGAGAGACAUGAUGGAGCAUUCCAGACAGGAAAUGGUAGAACUUGCCAGAGAAUCCCCCGCUGACUACUCAUUUGAUAUUUCUAGCCCUGAUGAUUCCAAGGUAGAUCUAUAUGAGGAAACCGAAUUCGGGGUAUCCUUCAAGGGGUAUACUCCAAAACCUGGUGUCCUCAUAACCUCCGUUUUUGAUGAGGACUUUGACUUGUGGAUAGGAAAGGAUGGAGAGAAGUGCGUACUCUUGGGACGUCACAUCAACGGGGACUCUGAAAUUAUCUCCCUUUACAUCCAAAAGGGCCAAACCUAUCAAUCCAAGUACUUUGUCAGAGGCGUUGAGUGGCUAGAAAUUACCAAGAGAGCAUUCUUCUACAAGUUGAACACCAUGAAGGAAGUCACAUGCACAAUCGACAUUUCUAAUCCUGACGACAAUGUGAAAAUGUUUGAUGAUGUCCUCAACGGUGUAAACUAUAGGUGGUACUACCCCAAGAAUGACAUACCAGUGACUUCCGUUGUUGACUCUGGAUUCACAUUCUGGAAGUCAAACUCCAAGGCAAAGUGCCCAGUGGUAAAUGUUUACACCAAGGGUGACAUUACUCUCCUUCUUCUUUACGUUGUGAACUCUGAAAAGUCCAGGUUCAAGUACUUUGAGAAGAUUGACGGAGAAUGGAUCGGUAUAACCGAGGCAGAAUUUGAUGAAAGGUUGAAUGGCGCCAAAACUGGGGAGAUCCCAUCAACAAGCACAGGAGAUCUUCUCUCUGCAAAAAAGUCUCUUCCUGUUAAAGAAGUUUCCGAGAGCACUGAUUUUGUUCUCGACAUUUCCAACCCAGACGUCUCAAAGGUCUUUACCAUCCAUUCUACCUACAACGAUUUGGAUAACUUCAAGUUUGCCGCCUACUCUGAACUCAGCAUUGCCAAGGUAGUAGAUGGAAAAGUUACUUUCUGGGAAGCUGGAUCUGGCAAGAAGGGAACACUUGUAGAUCUCCUGUACAAGGCUAAAGAGUACAAACUUUUUGCAGUCAUCCCAGAUCAGGAUGAUUACACCACCGCUUCAUUCUUUGAGCGUGUAGAUGACGAGUGGACUUCAGUAGACUUUGAGUACUACCAGAUAAAGCUUAACGACUACUACCAAUGGGUCCCAUCUGAUGACUACAACAAGAGGGUCUUGGAUAACUACCAAGAGUGGGUUUUGGCAGAAGGCGACUACACCGAAAAGUUUGAAUUCUACAACUGAUUGACUCACUAAUCGGAAUCAGGUUAGGAUUCUUCCUUUAUCGCCUACAUUCUAGUUUUAACCAUGGAAACUAUUUCUGUUCUUACCGCCAGUGGAAGAACUUUUGCUUUAUGAGAUGCCAUCCUGGCACUCGCUAUACAUGUACAAUCAACUUAAUAGGUUUAUGUAU